CUCAUGUUAGAAUUGAAAACGUAAUUAUACCUAUUGCUCAAGAUUAAUUCAAAAACAGUUUCAUAUGUAGAAAGAGGUUCCGAAGGUGGGAUAUACAACACCAAAAUGCAUAAACUUGUUUUCCCAAAUACAGUUUUUACUCCAAGAAAAUCCACAGCAGGCCUCUUACAUUUUGAUAAUAAACAGAGAGCUCUGGCGAGUUUUUUGAAGAAGUUGUGGGUUCCAAGGUGCAAGAACCAGAGUCAGAGGCAAUUGGUUGCUAUUUUAUACUUAACAGAUCGGCUCGAAACUUGCUACAAGCUUGUAAGUAAGAGGAGCAAUUUUUAA